AUGAAGUCAAUUUUUUUAGCCAAUAAAACCAAAAGAAAAGCUACUAUCAAUUCUACUAUUAAUUGGAUAAAUCAGUUUGAAAAAUUUAGAUCAGACUGUGGUUAUAUAGGAAAAAUUGAUGAUAUAACUGAUUUCAAGGAUUUUGAAGAACAAUUGAUAAAUUAUGUUACUAAAAUGAAAAAAAAUGAUGGAACUGAUUAUACUUCUACUUCAGUUAAUGCUUAUUAUGGCAAAUUGUUGAUGGCAAACUUCAAUCCCUUGAUGAACUUGAACUUGGUGAAAAAAAAAGGUGCUGAUUCAUUAACUGACAAAGAGAUUAAUGUAAUAUUGUCACAUUCAUGUACAUCACCACCAAAUGGAUAUGGCUUAAUCAACAGAGUUUUUUUUCGAAACUGCAUUUUACUAGGUUUAAGAAUAAGAUUAGCUGGUGGAGCUGCUGAACAAUUGAUAACUCCAUAUGUAGAAGAAAUUAUUAGAGAUUAUGAAUUAUACUUACAAAAAAUUCCAUUAAAUGCUGAAACAGCUUUUUAUCUACAUCCAUUGAAUUGGUACCAACCAAAUCAUAUUGGACAAACUAAAUUGAAGAAUUGGCUUCAUGAGAUAACAAUUGAAACAGGUGCAACAGAUAUUGAAACAAUGUCAAUAUCAAUACACAGAUCCAUCAAAGGACUUGCCGGUUAUGAGCGACCUAAAGAUGAUUUGCAACUACUAGGAAUGACCGAUUUAAUCAACUACAAUAAAAUUACAAAUAAUAAUGGAAAUACAGAAUAUCUUGAUCAUGGUAGUCAAGAGAG